CACAAACCUCCUCAAAACCCUAGUUUUAUAUCUUACCAUAAUCCGCCAUCUUCCUCGCCUCCCUCUAUUUCUCUUCUCUUCUCAUUUUAAUUCUCCCAGUCCAAUUCUCUCUCCUCAUCCUCAACCUCAACCAUGCCUCCAAAAAUCGACCCAUCUCAAAUAGUUGAAGUAUUCGUCCGGGUAACCGGAGGAGAAGUCGGAGCAGCCUCAUCUUUGGCCCCAAAGAUCGGACCUUUGGGUCUUUCCCCUAAGAAGAUCGGAGAAGACAUCGCCAAAGAAACCGCUAAAGACUGGAAGGGUCUCCGUGUUACCGUCAAACUUACCGUCCAAAACAGGCAAGCCAAGGUCAGUGUGGUCCCUUCUGCUGCUGCUCUUGUUAUCAAGGCCUUGAAGGAACCUGAACGUGACAGGAAGAAAGUUAAGAACAUCAAACAUACUGGUAAUAUCUCACUUGAUGAUGUUAUUGAGAUUGCACGUAUUAUGAAGCCUAGAUCUAUGGCUAAGGAAUUGAAAGGAACUGUUAAGGAGAUUUUGGGUACUUGUGUUUCUGUUGGAUGUACUGUUGAUGGCAAAGAUCCUAAGGAUUUGCAGCAGGAGGUUGAAGAUGGUGAGGUGGAAAUUCCUGAUAAUUAAUAUUAUUGUUGUUUGUUUUUCUUCUCAUGAUGAUAUUAUGUUAAAAUGAACCACAUUUUGUGUGUUCUUUUUGUCUUUUAAUUUUUGAUUUUGGUUUUUAAUAUUAUCAACAUGGAAUUCUGGAUCUUUUUUAGGCUGUUUUGAGAUGUAGUUUUUGGAUGAGACUUGGUAGAAUUGCUUGAAUGAAUGAGGAAGUCCCCUAGUUUAUAA